AUGUCUCGACAGCGUAGCCAUUCGAUAGCCCAACUGCUUUCCACGACGGUUUGUGUAAAGCAAAGCGUAUCGUAUGCCCGGCCCAUCCAACUCUUCUUCUCAACUCCAUUUUCUGCAGGUCCGAUCGGAUGGCGUCAUCACCCCAGUCCGAUGUACACGCAUACUCACGGCAAGACGACCUGCCGAUCGGGCCAUAUCUCGCCUCCACUCAGCUUCAAGUGGUUCUACUUCAAAAUUCGCUUCGCCUAUCUCACAUUUUAG